AAUGUUUCCUUGCUUGUGGCUCAUACAUAUCCGGAGACUAUUAUGGAUGUAACACUCUUGUGAUGGUAAAAAGGCCUCUUCUAAAGAAUUCAUGUCACAUGAUUUGGUGAUGAUUUGGUAAGCAAACAGGGAAGUUUGUCCAGCUUCCUGUUGUCGUUUGUGACAUCGUCAUGUAUGUAGGGAGUGCACAAAAACCCAUGAACGCACACACAUGCACACACAACCCUCACACCCGCAUGAUUCUGUGGAAGCCUUCUUCAAGCUGCUCAACGGAUUUUUUUUAAAGUCAAAUGACUCAUAUACAGCUCCACCCUCAAGCUUACUUGCCUGUAUGAAGAGGAAGUGCCUUCAAACACGGAGAAGACGACACAAUGGCAUCAUGUUGCAAUCCACAGUUUCUAAACCCAAGGCAUUCCCUUCAUCUGCUGGCUCUGGUUUUGACUGUGACGUGGCACUUUUCUUUGACAGAAAGUGCUGGUAAGAUUCAGCUCAAAGGGGAGGUUGGAGGAAACGUGACCUUUCGCUGCCCCGUUGUAAAACAACAGACGAUAAAAUUUUUCUACCUUCAGCGGGGCCCUCACAUAUUUGUGAAUGGCUUCUAUGAAUCAAAAAAAGUCCAACCAUGGGAGAACACCAGAUUGGGUCACGACAAGACAACUGUGCACAUGGACAGUUUGAACAUCUCGCAUAGUGGUGACUAUCUGUGCCUUAUCAUGUACAGUGACAGUCAUAAAACUGAAACUGUCAUACAACUCAGUGUCACAGCCAACUACAGUAAACCUGAAGCCACAGUGUCCUGUAGAGAUAGAUUUAGUUGUCUGGUGACGUGCACCUCACAUGGUGGGUACCCGGGCACCAAGAUGAUGUGGAACGUGAAUGGGAGUCUGGACUGGAAAGUUGUGAACAACAGUGACAUGAGCGAUCCAGUCACCAUGAUGUUUAACAGCUCCAGCACUGCACACUUCAACUGCUCCAAUGGAGAGCGGGAGUUCAGCUGCCAUGUGGGCAACGUCACCUCGAACAUGUUCCCCAUCUGUACACCUCAGAAGAAGGACCCUAACAAUCAUUUUGUGAUAAUAGCAGCAGCCACCUGUUCAAUACUGGUGUUUUUCAGUAUUGUGGUGUGGCUGUGGAGGAAAUGCAAGACAGGACAGAAAGGGGGAGAAGCAACAGAUGUGAGGCAAGAGUGUGGAGUAAAUGGAUGUAAGGAGGAGGUAAUAUCCCUCAAUGAAAAUAAAGGAGGCAAAGAGGCAUCUUGAGUGCUAAACUGGUGAAGAAGAUUAUCCGAUUUCUACUCCCUGAACAUCUUAUGUGUUCUAGAAUCUAGAACUAAAACUGUAUGUCACUCAAGUGUAUGUUACAUUUGUGACUCACUGGCUACCUACACACCAGGAUUGGCCAUUGACCUUAAGGGUCAGAGACUGACAAGGGACCGCAUGCUGUCAACAUUUCACUGACACUUGUGACUUCUUCAAAGUGUUUGAGGAAGUAUUCAUUAUGAGUAUCCUUUUACUGUUAAAGUACAGUGCGUCAUUUGACUGACAGUAGCUUACUUUUCAAAAAAAGGACUUUACCACUGAUUUGUGGUGAGAGUGUUGUUGCAUACUGGGAAAAAGUCUGAGGGCGCCACUUCCCAGCACUGUGAGCAGUGACAACUAUUUAAACCUGGAUUAAGUAAAUAUUUGACUGACCUCUAUGGGGAGAAGUGGGAUCUGUUACACUUGCUACAAAUGUCUUUUGGACUGCAUAAUUUUUAAAUACAGUAUAUUGUUGCACUUUAAAUUUACCCUGUGUGUACAGUUUUCUUAAAUAUAGCCCAGUUGUUGCCUUUACUGUUUUUGCUGGCUUUUUUAAAUUUUAUUUAAGACACAUAAGAGAAGAGUCAAUAUUAGUUAGUGAUCGAAAGGCACUGUAGUUCCCUAAUUUGUGUCCAGGGCUUUACUCUUUAUUUAGUUUUGUCAGAAAUUAUUAUCAGUAGCAGAAGCUGUGAAAAAUAUGGAUGUCAGAAUAAUGUUUGCACAUGAAAUUGUGCAGUAGAUUCCAGUAUUCCAAGUGAAACAGGUUUUUCUUUUUUACAUAAAUUGCUGUUACCCUCACGAUUAAUAGUUUGGUCCUCUUCACAACAUUUUGUCUCUCAGGUGACUCUUCUCAUAUGAAAUGAUCUUUUUGUAUGCUGUUUUGCCACAUAUUUAUUUCAUUUUAUGUUUUUCAAUCUCAAUAUAUACAACUGUUUAUUGUUUACCCUGUUUACAUUAUUUUGGGUAUGGAGACCACUAUUAUUCCUCCUUCCUUGGAAUUACCAAACGAUCUCAAAAUGCUGCUUUCAUUUCCUAAAUCUGUACAAAACAACCUUCUUGCUGUUGUAACUUGUCUUGUUUGUUUGUGAUUUGACAUCACAGUCUUGCCUGUAUCUCAUUUUUCUUUGUUACUGAAACGUACAAUCAAUUAAACUUGAGUAAUUUAAUUUUUAU